AUGGCCAGCAUCAAGUGUGGUUCCCGCCGCAAGGCCCGCCGUGCGCACUUUCAGGCCCCGAGCCAUGUGCGCCGUGUGCUCAUGAGCGCCCCGCUCUCCAAGGAGCUGCGCGCCAAGUACAACGUGCGUGCCAUGCCCGUGCGCAAGGACGACGAGGUCAUCGUGAAGCGCGGCACCUUCAAGGGCCGUGAGGGAAAGGUGACGGCGUGCUACCGCCUCAAGUGGGUCAUCCUCAUCGAUAAGGUGAACCGCGAGAAGGCGAACGGCUCCACCGUGGCCGUCGGCAUCCAUCCCUCCAACGUCGAGAUUACGAAGCUGAAGCUGACGCACCACCGCAAGUCCAUCCUGGAGCGCAAGGACCGCUCGUCCAAGUCCGACAAGGGCAAGGGCAAGAUCAGCGCCGCGGAUAAGGCCAUGCAACAGAUGGACUAG